UAAAGGAAAAAGUGAAAGAUAUUUGCUGAGAAAGUGGGUCAUGUUAACGACAAAAGAGGGGAGUGGAUACCGAAAGUGCAAUGUGGGGGACAGAAUUCAGAAAAUGGCCAUAUCCCCAAAAGAAAAAAGAAAAAGCUCAGCUAAGUAAAAAUUGAUGAUAUUUCCACACAACAUUCUAUUCUUCCUCAAUCAAGAAUCUCACCUUUUUGAGCUGAAAAUUGCAUCCAACAAUCCACCAAAUGAAGAAUCCAAUUCCUUCGUCUUACUUUUUUCCUCUAUCAACAUACAUAAAUUCUUUACUUAACCAAAACACUUCCUUUUGUUGAAGGAUAAGAAAUACCAUUUUAUUUCCUCAACGCUCUUCAGAUUUUUGCACUUGAAAUCAGGAAUUGAUCAGUCACAGAAUGGCUAAUGUGGUGGAAUUGAAGGUCUUUUUGCAUUGUGAGGAGUGUAUCAAGAAGAUUCUCAAAGCCAUCAAGAAAAUCCAAGAUAUAGAAACAUAUAAUGUAGAUAUGGAGAUGAACAAAGUGAUUGUUACAGGCAAUGUCACUAACGAAGAAGUUAUCAAAGUUCUUCAGAAAAUUAGAAAAACUGCAAUUCCAUGGCAAGAUGAUGAACUCAACAACAUUAAUUACUAGAGAAAUUUGGCGAUUAUCAAGAUUAGAGAAGAGAAUAAGAAUUUGAAUUCUGAUGUUGUUAGUGAUGGAUGGAUCUACUUUGUUGAGAAUUUUGAAACUCUUUUUUAUUUUAUCAUAAUCGAAAGUAAAGACUUGGUUCAAAUUUACAAGAACUAAACACAGAUUCAUCAGAGUUAAUUUGUAACAGAUCAAGUUCUAGACUCUGUACAUUAAAAAAAAAAAAAAAA